AUGAUGGUUUUGUUGACCAGUGAAUGGCCCACGGCAUCUGUCAACCAGCAAACAGACGGACGAGGUCUUCGCCUACCCACCCACUCACCCACCUUUCGCGGUGGCUCAUCUACUGAAGAUCUGGAGCGUCCCGUCAGAGACUACUCAUAUGUCAGCAAAGGAAGCCGAGCCAGCUCACCAAUUCAGCUCCCGGUCAAGGCUGGAGCUGAAGCACAUCAAACAGCCAGCGAACACGAAACUCGAAAGGGGGGAAGCUUGGGCGUCAACACUGCUGUCGUCAAAACCAAGCCUCGAUGUCAAGUACCGCUACAUCGCCCCCAUCAAGUUUUGGCGGGUUCCUGGAGUGGCGUCCACUUUCUGCCCCUCCUCUCCCUCCAAUUCCCAUUUCUCCCCUUCCACUUAUCCCACUCUUCCAUCCUCUUCUCCUGGCAACUUGUUGAUGAGCAGUUGCGGUGUCGCUUUCCGGGUCCCCGUUGGUUGACGGGCCAAAAUGCUAUCAAUGACACCACUUUCUCACAGCUUGCCGCAUUCGUACAUGUGUGCGUAUCCGUACACGUAUACCUAGUUGAACGAUUCCGUUGA